UCACUCAGUCAUCAUCAAUCAUCAACAAAAAAUUAUCUUUUCUGUCACGAAGAAUUUCUUUCAGUGCUAAUAUUAUUUUUGUUGCUAGUAGAUUCGUGAAAUUUCGUUUGUUUAGCUUUUUUGCGACCACAAAACAAAGUGCAACAAAUAUGUUCGAUAGGUGUUCAUAAUCGGCACUAACUUUGUAAACUUCGUCAUCGUGUUCGUCCUCGGUGCUUAUCCGUAACUUUUGGUUACAAAUCAACGUUUGUGAAGUGAAAUGCUGUGCAGGUAGUAAUUAAUCGUGAACCGCGUGUGAAAUGUCACAACAUGGAUGUCCUGAGAGACUGUCGAAUAGGUCGAAAGGGUUCCAAGAAGAUGUCCCAAGUCAGCAGACGAUGGAGGUGCUGGUGGAAACCCUUACGGGAACGGCAUUUGAAAUGACUGUGUCACCCUCAGAUACCAUACUAGCUAUCAAAUCCAAGAUAUUCAGGGUUGAAGGAAUACCAGUGUCCCAACAGCAUAUCCUAUACAACUUGAAGGAGCUGGAUGACUCGUCGUCCCUUCGCUCGCACGCGAUCACAGAUGGCGCUAGGUUGCGUUUGGUGCUGGGCAUGCGCGUCGGGCCGAUAUCCACGAGACGGCUACCACCACCACCGAAUUCUGAACCGUGGCGGGAUAUUGAGAGACUCCUCGAUAGUAACAGGGAGGAAAGCGAAUGGAGUAGUAGUCCCGGAUGUCGCGUCACGGUGCUAGUUUUGCGCGACGGCGGCAGAGUCAACUUGCUGCGCGUGCGUCAGAACAGCGACGGAACUUAUUGUCCGAUUGACAACAACAAGUACUCAUCAUCCCUGACCCUGGCCGAACAAGACCUGGACGAGGAUGUGGCUGACUCUGUCCACGACAAUGAGGUCACGAUGGGCAAGAUGAUCGACCUCCGCAGACGGAUGGAGAACCUGUCUGUCCAGAAGAGGAAGGCUGGCAACAAACAAGAAAUCCAGAAAACGAGGAGCGAGGAGUCCCUAUCGAUCCCGAGUUUGCUUGAUGACGCGUCAACGGAGCCCUACAACAGCGGGGCUUACACGUACACGGAGGGAGACUUCGCGCCGAUGUACGACGGAAACUAUACGAGAUAUCAAUACGACUGCUCAUUCGCCGAUAGAUAUACUCUUCUACCGCCUUUGGAAUGGAGCGUCACACCAAACUUGCCUCCAAUCGGCACCAGGACAAAUUCCGAACCGGUGCAAGAACCUGACGACAGACUGAAGUUGUCGGACGCGUUGGCCGGUUCGAUUCUCGUGCAGGGCAGGCGCGAGAGGGAAGAGGAGGGCGCUAUAUUGGAGGAGUGCUUGGACAGCGAAGGUAUAAGGGAGGGGUCGCCCCAAAUGGCGGCCAAGAUUCCGGCCGCGGAGUAUGGUCCCCUGGUGUGCGGCAGCGGGUCUGCGUGGCGCGCGUGGGGCCCGCCGCUGCCGCCGCCGCCGUCCGCCUCGCUGCAGUCGCUGUCGGCGCUGCGCUCGCUGCUGGCCGGCCCGCCGCCCGCCGCCUUCUCGUCCUCCACCUCCGACCUGGAGCAGCUGCGGCGCACGCGCAUGCUGCCGUCGCUGAGCCGCCACCGGCCGCGCUCGCGGCUGCACCUGUGGGGCUCCGGCCUGGAGCUGCGGCCGCGCCGCGAGGUGGGCGGCGAGCGGGCCAGCGUAAACAACUCACACGCAGACUUGAACAGCCAACACAACCCGUUGACCGACCACGACGAAUACAUAAACGACUUCAAAACUGGCGCCUUCAACGCCGAUACGGCCGACUUCAACGAUCUAAACACUGUUGAAGUGUGCCGGGAUGAUGAGGAAGACAGAUUCGCUACGAGGAGCGGUGAAGCUGAGAAGGUAUACAGGUUCGAUGAUUACGAUGUGAAGGAGGACCUCAAGAAGCAGGCGGAACAGGCUGCGCUGAAAGAUGCUGCGCCUGCGCCCCGGCCGCCGCGGCCGCGCUGCAGCUUCUGCCGCAAGCGGCUGAGCAUCGCCACGGAGCACCGCUGCCGCUGCGGCGCCGCGUUCUGCGCGCCGCACCGCUACGCCGAGGUGCACGGCUGCGCCUACGACUACCGCGCGCGUGCGCACGCGCUGCUGGCCAGGGAGCACCCGCGCGUGGCUGCCCCCAAGCUGCCCAAGAUAUAGCUGGGGAUGAUACAGGCAUGUUUGUUUUGUUGGAGCCGUUUCGAAUUUCAGUUGAAUUUGUUGUCAUCUUGUUUUGAGCCGUUUCGUUUGUUGGAGUUGAAUUUGUUGGCGUCGCGUUUUGUGAGUUUGAAACUUUUCUGUCUUAUUGUACGUCAGUUAAAAGUGUAAUAGAUUUAUUUUCGAAAUUUGAUGCGAUGUAUCACUUAUCGUUUUAUCUAAUUAUAAUUACUUAUUUUAACUGAUGUACAAUAUUAAUACGUAGAGUUUAAACGGUUUUGAGAACAAAAUUUUUUAAUGGCAAACGAAUUUGUUUGUUGUAUUACAUUUACUUUGUUAUAUUGCAAAAAAAAUAUAUCAAUAAUUUCAAUCGAGUCGCGAACGUCCACAAUAAAAUUAUACGCGCUCUUAUAACCUGUCUUAUUUACAGUUAAUUAUACGAAAAUUUAAAAAUUGUAUAUUCUCAAACAAUUUGUAAAAGAUAGCAUUGUUUCCUCACGAAAGACUCAAAAAAUAAAGAAUUAUAAAUAAAUAUGUCAAAAGUGUGUCGAUAUUGUGUUUAUGGUCUUGUUGGAAAAGAUUUUGUCAAUAUUCUCUCAUCUCUGCGUGUUCUCGGUUUCACCCUCAACAGAAGUGUUUCGGGACCCUGGGUCCGCUUUCCAACUGUUCUCACUCCCUUGGUCCGGUUUUCGGGGUCCUCGGAUUUCAGUCCAUUGUCAUUUAAUAAUCUGUACCAUAGUUAUUGCACAUACAAUUUCAAAUAUGGAUGAAGUGAUAGAGGUAAGCAGGAAUCGUCGUAAAGCUCUCUACCCUUUGUGGGAAAGACGCAUGAUUGUAUGUAAAUGUUAAUUACUAUUCUAUAAGACACUUUAUCAACACACUAUUGGUACAUUUAUUUUUAAAAAAAUACAGCAUAUCCAGCUUUACAUGAAGAGGUUUGUGUAUAAAUAGUUUAAUUUUGAAAGUCGAAACUUAUUUUCCUGGUGAAAUUAUAAAAUUGACCUUUAAAAUUAAAUAUUUGACGGAGACGAUACAUGUAAAACCUCAUACGGUGUUAAUUUAGGUGUUAGUAUCGUUUUUAAUAAGACCAUAAACAAUUUUAUUUUUUUAAUUUUAAAUUUUAUAUCGAAAUAUAACCUCAUGUCUGGAAUGCUUACAAUUUUGAAUGAAGGUAAUAUUGUUUGUGAAUAUACAAUACAGUGUAAAAAAUUGACGCCUUAAAAAAACUAUAAACAAAUAAAUAACAUAAAACUAAUUUGUAAAUAACUUCGUUUGAUUAACGUUAAAAAUGGUAAGGUUGAAACGUUUCGACGGAGUAGCGUUCGCAUAACGGUUACUUUAACGUUGACAUUUUCGAGAGAUAAGCUAUAAUAAUGGUUAAACAUAACGUUAACUAUCAUAUUAGUUUUAGUUAACCAUUCGUCAAAAACGAUAAAAUUUAGUUUUUUAAUAAAAUGCAACCAUCACUAUCAUUAAGACUCACAAUUCCGCUAAUAGUGUCCAAAAACAAUCAAAUUCGUCUGUCUCUUAGAAAAUGGAUCUUAACAUAAUGUCAAUAAAGCGCACAGUCCUGUAAAUGUUAAACUCUAAUUUUUAUAUUUAAAGAUUGUAUGCUUUAUUGCAAUAAGUUAAGAUCCAUUUUUGAAUGGUAUAAAUUUGUAAAAUGAUGUUUCAAACUGAGGACGGUGUUUUGUUUUGUUCUCACCUGUAAAUCUAAGUUUAUAGUUUAUGGAGGAUUGCCAUUAAUUAACGUUAGGGUUUAACAUUAACAAAACGUGGUGUAUAUUAUGUUUUGUGGUGUAAUGCACCUUUGGUAACAGAAUAUUAAUUUUUGGGAGAAUAAUUUUAGUUUUGUAUACUCAUAUUGAUGAUAUAAAAUGUUUAUAAGGCCGAUAGUGUAGUUCAGACAUGUUUGAAUCGUAUUACAGCGGUGUACGGUUGAAAACUGACUGGCAUUUUGUCUACCGCGGCCUGUUGUGAACGUGUAUAUAUAUUUGACGUGUAUGCAAACGCCACAUUAAUGUUUGAAGAUUUCACUUGCUAAGUAAAAUAUAACUUUUUUAUGAGAUAUUAUUAAAAAAAUUCGUAUAAAUUCAUCUUCAAAUAUGUAUACAUGUUUAGCAAAAAAAUUGUAUAUAAAUUGUUAUUAUAAUUAUAUUAACAUGAAUCGCCUAUGCAACGCAGUUUGUGUAAAUACAUAUAUAGACAUAAAUAUAUACUAGGUCCGUUUGAAUUGAUUACGAAUAUUUUAAGAUGUUUAUAUAAAUAACUAUUUCAUAAAAAGAAUUAAAAAUGUAUUCAUAGCAUUCUGUAUGUGAAGUUCAAAUUUAAACUGUUGUCAAACACAAAAGCCACUUUUAAGACACACGCUAAAUUUCCUUGAAGAUUUUAUGAUUUGUAUUGAAUAAAAUAGUUUUUUUGUUCAUAUUUUGAUAUAGUUUUUAGUUAAAGUUAUUUAGUUUUCUUAACUAUCCUUAAAAUAUUCGUACUCGUUUUGUACGAACCUUAUAUUAUAGAAAGUAAAAUAAAUAUAUAUAUAUAAAAUUGAUGUGACGACUGGUAAACGCGAAUAUGGGCUUUAGAACACGCAUCAAAAUGACAAAAUGGCGACAUUUAAAAGAAAGCCUAGAUAACAAUUUAAAUUAUUUUGCUAAUUGCACCGAGUGUAGCGUUUGACUUAUCCAAAAUGGACACGAUAAUUUUAGAAUUUAUUAUGUAGUAGUCGAAUAAUUUAGAUUUUUAUCUGGGCAAUAAUUUUUUUCAUUAUAUCAUAUAACAUCAUAUAAAUUUGAUUUUGAGUUUCAUGGAUUUUGAUAUUUGUCUUUUCGAGGACUCUCUCGAUCCCUCAAUGUUGUAGACGUGAUGCAUGUAUGUAAAAAUAUGAAAAUCUGCUUAUUUCUUUUAUAAAGAGCAUUAAAGUUUAUUAUAUUUAAAAUAUAUUCAGAUGAUAUAGGUGUAGCAAGAGAAACAAUUAUAAAAAAAAAAACAAUUUAAAUUAGCUAAGUUCACUUUUUAACCUGAGUCUUUUUCUCGACCGCGAAGCUCAUAUUUAAAAAAUCCUUUACUUUGUCUCGUGGUCUGUGAAGAUUUCUAGUGACCUAAUUUUACUUCGCAAUACGUGUGACGUUAUAUCCGUUCCGAUAUAUAUCCACUUUUAGUAUGCUUGUUUACCAUGUCUGUAUGACGUCAUGAUAUGGGAACUAACAAGUUUUCUCACAAAAAAGAUUAUAUAUAACAAAAAAAUGGGACUAGUAUUUUUUUUUAAACUUCUUUUAAAUAACAAAAUUAAAAUAACUGGGUCAGUCAACAAAUUUUACUUAACCAGUUGUUGAAUAAAACUUGCAGAUUAUUAUAUUAUUUCAAAUCUAUACUAAUAUUAUAAAGCUGAUGAGUUUUGUUUGUUUGAACGCGCUAAUCUCAGGAACUAUUGGUUCGAAUUGAAAAAUUAUUUUUGUGUUUAAUAGACCAUUUAUCGAGGAAGGCUUUAGGCUAUUUAUCAUCACGCUACAACUAUUAGGAGCAAAAAAUUUACGGAAAAUGUGAAAAAAAACGGGGAAAAUUAUUCCUGCUUGAGGGCUUCAAUGAUGCCCAAAAUAACUAUUCCUCGCGGGCGAAGCCGCGGGCACAGCUAGUAUUGGAUAUAUAUUUUUUUCUAACCUAAAAUCUAUCGAGGCAAACUUACGCAAAUGAUAUAAAAAUGGGUGUCAUGUUUGAUAAAAAUAUGUAAAAAGGAGUUUUUAUUUAUGUAAAACUUUAACUACCUAGUUAUUUUCCUUGUAAACUUUGAACAAAAUAAAUCAUUUUUUUUGUGGUGUGAAUGUUUGCGUAACUUGUAUCUUGAAACUCAUUUUAAGCACUUUCUGCACUCGUGUUGUCUCUCUCUCUCUCUAGAGAUAAAAGAAAAAGACGAUACGAUAAUUGAUAACGAAGUAUUCAAAAUUCUAACAUUAGUUCUUAUAAGUAAAUCUACAUAUUUGAAUUCAUUGGAUUUAUAUAUUACUUACAAUAGAGCGGUUUUAAAUCGAUAUUGUUGUUUGGUCGCAAUUUUAUUCGUAAGUUGUAUGCGAUGCUUGUGUACUAAUCCUAAGGCCUAAAACAGUGCUAAAUUCUAGUCUUUUUGCAAUAUUUCUUUUUACAUUUUGAGUUGUACGUGUUUCAAUAAUCACCAGCUAAUAAUAAGAAUUUUUCUUCAAUUAUGUAUGUGAGUGAGUCAUACAUAAUUGAAGGCUUGAAAAUUCUAUGUUUGAGAAGGUUUACAAGUAUUCGAAAGCUAGUAAUCGCGGUACAGUACUUUUCCGACAUGAAAAGUAACACCAUAUAAUUCUCAUUGCUUUAAACCAUUGAAGUUUCAAAAACAUAAGUUAAGGGAAAGCGUGAGGUAACAAAAUAUAGUAGCCUACAGACAAACAUGUCCAUACACAUUGAAAAUAUGGGUCAAGAUUAUUUGCAACGACUAUAAAUAGAUUAUUUAUGGCUUCAUGUGCAUUAAAAACAUGCAAUCACAUUUUUCGUUUAUAAAAAUUAUUUGGGAAUCUUUCUUUUUUAUUAUUACGUACGUCAGCUGUUCUACAAGCAUGUGUUAGAAUUAGUAAUAACGCUGUUUUAGGCCUGAUUCGCGCGGGAGAGUCGCGCCAGUUUCCGCGGGAAACCAUCGUCGGUCUCCGAUCGAAUCGAACAAAUUGUGAUAAAAUAUUUGACCUAAAUUAAGAAUAAAAUGUGGGAAAUCAUCUGCCAUGUGUGUCUGUGUGUGUGUUUUGUUUCUUUUGUUUUUUUUUUGUAAUGAAAUAAUAUUGAAAAAUUAUCAAAAAAAAAAGAAUAUAAUUAUUAAUUAGUUAAUUAAAAAUAUCGCCCUUAGUUAACUCGAGGUGCUUUAUUUUGUAAUAGUUGGUAUGGUUUCUGUCAUUUGUUGUUGUAUAUCACAUUGUAUAACGUUAGAUUAAUGAUGCUUAUAAUUAUUUUUUUUUGUCAUCGUAACGCAUUGGGCGCUUGGCGGGCUUAAAUUAAUCUGUAGAUAUUGUAAAAUCUUCUUGUACAUCAACAUCUAGCCAUUUUUAUUAAUGUGAAUGUACAAUAAGAUUUUAUUUAAGUUGGUUUGCAUAGUUUGCUACGAUAUUUAUCGAUAUAUAAUUGUUUGAUAUCAAUUUUGUAUAAAUGUAAUGGCCAUCGAUCUAUUUGGUAAUUAACAACGCUUUUAGAUUAUGCACAGAAAUCAUUUUUAUUCCUAAAUUGAUGUGUUAUGUGUAAUUCUUGACGUAAGCCGUGGUACUUCAGAUUUAUUUAUUAAUGAGAAACUAUUGUAUUGAUGAAUAUGCCAGACAUUUGCAAAGUAAAAACAUUUUUAAAGGAAUUUAGUCAAAACACAGUAAAAUCCAUUGAUAUUUAAACACUGACUUACACAGAGGCAUAUUAAAAAAAUUAUAUAUUAUAUAUAUAUAUCGUUAUAUAAUAUAUCGUUAUAUAAUAUAUCGUUAUAUAAUAACGUAAAUAUAGAUUAAUAAUCAUUCUGUGCUAUAAAUAAAUUUACUCGCUAUUUUUAAGACUUGUGUUUUAAAAAUAGCGAGUAAAUUUCAUCAUCAUUCAUUUUGACAAUAAGCCAGGCCUAAAUCUCGUUUAAUUGAUAAUAGCAGUGUUUUCUUUUUAAAUGAAAGUUGGCAUGAAUUGUGUGAGAAUUGUUUGAAAAUUGGGCGUAAGAAGAAUGUUAUGAUUAAAGAUAACUAUUGUAUUAAUUUUGAUUUAAAAAUAUGUAAAAGCUCCUUACCGGGGAGAAUGGUAUGGUACAGUAGCCUGCAGAUAUAUAUAUAGGCACCAGUUAAAGUCAAAAUCAUACUGGACACGUUUCUUUGUAAGUGACUGUACAUACCUUAACGUUUGAAUAAAAAUAACCUUAGGUAUUGUGUAAGUUUUCAUAAAUCAUAUUGCAUGUCAAAGUUUAAAGGCGUUCAUUUUUAAUUGAAUGUAAUAUUACUGUCGCUCCAGUGGUAUUUAAAGUAAGAAUGAGAUGGAAAUAAGACACAAAAAUAUGUCAAAAAAUGUUUUAUUUUCCGCUCAUCACACAUUUUCAUUUAGUAAUUUCAUCUUAUUAAAUAUUGAUGUACGGCACCAGUUUUAAAUUAAUUAGCACCUUGUAUGUGUUAUAGCUUCACUGAAUGUAUGAAACAGUGUUAUUGCAACAUUAUUAUAUAAUAAGUUGUAUUUUUUUUUAUGUUUGGAAACUUGAUUUGAAAUUCAUGGAGCGGCAUGUAUAUAGUUACAAGAAAUAAUACACAGUUAUAAAAGAAAUAAAUCACUUGCAAUCGCGGACUUAUCUCACGAAGGGAUCUUCCAGUCAACCGGCAAACAAUAAAGGAACUAGAUAAUUAAGUAAAAAUAUUUUGUUUUUUUUUUAAUGUUUAACUGUCUUGUGGAGAAUUAAGUGAUUAAUUAAUUCAUUCAUUCAUUCAUUCAUUACUCUCGUAUCAAUUAAUAUAUGUGCAAUUGAAUAGAUCGAUGGUCAUUUGUCAGUCACCAAAUGCGCCCGAAUCAUUUCAUAUUAAAUUGUAUUAUUAAGUUUAUAGAUAAUUUUAUUUGGGAAAAUAAUUUUGGCUGAUUUCGAAAUAAAUAUUUAUAAUGCGAAAGCGA